AUGGCUUCCUAUAAGUCACAAAGCAAUCUUCCCAGAAGAGUCGAGCAGCCGUCACCAUACGCCCACCGCGCGGGAACGAGCCGAUUGCCACAGAAGUCUGUCGCACCCACCCCGAGCUUAGCUUCCCAAUUACCCGCUCCGGGCCAUUCAAAGCUGCAAAAGAAGCAAACCACCGGAGAUGCUCCAGUGUUUGCGAGCAGAAUUGUCAUCGGCCGAGGGGUUCCCAUGGUGAAGCCAGCUGGAGCUACCAGAGGUCGCCAAGGGAGCACUCCUACCGUACAUACCCCUUCGGUGCCAUCGCACGUCCGCAUUGCUGAUACCCUAUCUCAGGUCUCCUCUUCUCGCCUACCGAAAUCCGAAUUAUUGGCGUCCACUCGCACACCGUCGCUCGCAACAGGCUCGUCGACCUCAACCAUCGGGAGCCCUCGAUCGAAUGUCCUCAGAAGAAAGCCCUCAAGCAUCGGCAUCGCAAAGGCCAAUCAACCCUCCCAACGUAGAGUUAACUCAAUGUCUUCUCAAGAGGAAGGGCAGUCCUCAAACGCCUUACCUGGUGUCUUCAAGGACCCUUUCUCAGAGACCGUCCUGGGCAUCUCGCUGCCCGCAACUUCUUCAAUUUUGACGCGCUCAGAUCCCCAGGUAGAGAUACAGGGGGAUACUUCCCAUGAAUAUGAGAUUGGCCCAACGGAAAUCCUAACCCUACCAACUCCGCAAUAUGCUUUGUCCACAACACCCUCGACGCGAUAUUCCGAGUCUCCAGGUCCCUUCAGCGUAUCCUCCACUCCCACUUCGAUGUCGUCUUACUCCCCUGGCGUGGUUUUAUCAAGCAAAACACGGGUUAGACAGGCGAGCCCUCUGCAGGGCCGGCCCCCCCUUGCAAGACAGAACACCCCAGAUGAUUCAAGAAUCCGGCCGCAGCGUGGAUUGUCGUCAGUUCGUGAAUCGUCGACCUCGUCAUCUUCCACCUCCACUGUCGUCGCUGACGGGCCCAGAUCAAAAGAUGCACAAGUUAGCCAGCGCUUAGCCCCUCCACCGCCUAGUCCCCAGUCUAAAAUCGGGUCUCAGCGGCAGGUACCCCCCGAGCUCGCCCAUCUUGCAGAUAAUCGGCCUGUACCUGCGACUGGAGCUCGAAGACCAAUACGACCAAGCCGAAACGGCACGGCUGAAAUAGUUGGAUUGCGCGAACCGUCUCCCAUCAUCCAAAGUAAUAUGGCCAGCUUCCCAUCCUCUCAUCGACGAACGAGCUCUACCGACUCCAAAAUGGCAGGGACCAUGUCAAGCAGAGCACGAUUUGGGUUACCGUCGAAGUCUUCUUCCCGUAACCCGUCUCCAAGUCUUAGUGUUGCAUCCCCACCCCUUCCUGGCUCUCGUGUACCCACCCGUGAGCCCACUCCAGACGUGUAUAGUGACGUGGAUACCCAGCGACAGCAAACUCUCCCUCCAUCUCAAACCACAGCCCCCAGCCCAGAGAAGACGUCUCGCUUUGGGUUCUUUCGGCGCAAGACGGAGCCUCCUCCGACGAACAAGCCAGAGAAGAAGUUGCACAGGCGUGGACCAGCCGCCGGUACUGGUCAUGAAGGGUAUGGUAGAUACGCUUUGAGGGGUCGCAGCGGAAGCUCGAUGAGCAGCAUUGGAAGGUCAACCAGUGCAGGUACGACCACUGAAAGCUUACAUCGAACACCAUCAAGCCGCAAGAGUAGUUUCACAAGUACAGCGAGUACCGAUGUUGAUGACUUCUUUCUCGAACGUCUGGCGCCAGUCACUAUUCGAGGAACGGGAAAUAGCACGGAGGUCCUUGCGAGUCCUGAUUCAAUACGCGGCUCCACCAGUCUUGAGAUUUCUCAUAGUGUUGGGGAUGGCACACAACGACCACGUAACACUCCAGGGGUGAACUUAGAACAGAAGAAGCCUACGCUGCUACCCUCUGCUAUGUCAGAGCCGGUACGUGGGGCUUCGCCGCUGAAGAGGAUGCCACUGGGUCCACGAAGACCAUCGGAGAGCGACGAUGAUACGAAACGGUCUUUCCUACCGUCCCUGACAACGCGAAGGGCAUCCCGGGCUUCUAAAAUCAUGGAUGGAGGUCCUCUUUCCAAAGUGGUUUCGUCCGGUAGCGUUACCGACAAGGGUUCGAAGAGCAAGUCAAGCAAAACCAAAGCAGAAAAGGCAACCUCAAAGGCUUCGAGGAAGUGGAACUUCUUCCAGAGGGCGCAAGCUACUUCAAAGGCUGAUCCGCGCCCUGUGGAACCUGCUCCCGUCAGCGGAGCACAUCCAUCAAAAUCCGUGGCUCAUUAUGCGUUGAUUGAUGCACCCACGGGUAUCGAUAUGGAAGACAUCGAGCGCAUCAUGCAGGAGGCCGACAAUGCUUCGGAUGACGUGCCUACGCCUCAAGAACCUCUUAACGAUCAUCUCUCAGUACCAGUCGCGGAGCCGAAGGCGAGAUUGCAGUCCAUGCUACUUCCGCCAAAACCCAUAUUUCCUUCACAUCUUGCAACAACCAACCGGCCGUCGUCACCAAAGGUCUAUCUCCGUCGGGAAAUGUCGCCUAAGCCAUCACAGCCCUCCUUGACGGUAGUCACGGACGCCGAGACCGUAGCUAUUCCUCCCCCGCCCCUUUCGCAUGGCGAGUUGACACCACUGACCGAUCUCUCACCUCCCUCAUCCCCUUUCAGACCCUUGUCCCCAGUAGAACCGUCGGAGCCGCCAGUAGCUGCGCCAUCCAGCUCCGAGUUUGUAUUGCCAGACACCUUCCCGCCACCUGGUCCACCCCCUGCUACACUUCCGCCUCGCCCGAGCCGCCUCGCACAAGUGGGUCGAAUUCCUCAAGUGGUGUCCAGACGCCAAGACGAGCAUCGUCCUCUAUCACGGUCUUUUUCGCGUCCUUUCAUCAACGGUUCGCCUCAUCAACACGUCCCCAGGACUUCCUUCGAUACAGCUUCUCCAUUGUCAGUCACCGCCGGUCCUGUUGAGCCCUAUCCUGUCCUUCACGGACUCGAUCCUCUCUCUCACGGGCUAGCCAUCGCUACCCUCAGCCCGAGCGCUGAGGCCUCCAAUCGGCAGAGUGAGUUCUUCAAGUUUCCGCCCCGGAAGGACUCCGAGGUGUCCUAUUCAAGCAGCUCUGGUGCUUGGAGUUUCCUGCCCCCAUCCGGUACCGCUGUGGUUCCUGCUACGGGUGCACCGCAGUCGGAAGAUGAGAUUUGGCGUGAGUACGACGACUUGAUAGAUGAAGUGCUGUCACCUCUGGAGGUAGGGGCUGGUGCGGGAGACAAGGAGACGUUCAGUCGACAUCCGUCCUUGGAGCCCUUGCCAUUGAAGACUAGGGAUCCACUUCUCUCCGCCCAUCCGGAGGUAGCCACCUGUGGUCCGUCAAACCCAUCCCUUCACCUCCGUCGAUCUCGCCUACUUGCAGUCCUCCAUUCCGCCCAGUCACCAACUUCGCCCAUGUCACUAUCUGACUUCAUUCAAGAUUACCCGGACAGGAGACUGAGUGUAGUCGACCCCGUCACCGGCCGACUCAGCCUUCCUACUAGUAGUCGCAUGUCUACCGGUUCCGUUCCGCAGAAACGACCAAAUUCAACUCGCUCCAGCCUACCAGCUUCUCUCAGUUUGAGUGCACGUCAAUCGCGGGCUACCAUCGCCUCCAAGUCCGAUAGAAAUCGCGCCAGCGCAAACAGUAACAGAUAUAGGGACACGAGGCUCAUGGAGAUGGCCGAAAAUCAAUCGGAUGGGCUUGUCUCAAUGGCGAACUUGCGUUUUGGAGCGUUGAUGACGAGCAAGUGGCUCAGCUUUGGCCGUGUUCUCUUCAGCCCUGCUCACUUCGAGCUUAAGGAUCCCGCACAGGACCGUGUCCUCGUCAUUGACGGUCUCGGCAAGGACUGGUCUUACUACUGCGCUCUCACCUACCCAGAAGCAAGCGUCUAUAACCUGGGACCAGGCAUGUCAUCUUCAAACACCUCGGGCGCAUCCGAGCCAUGGUCCACACUUCGCAACCAUCAUCAUGUCUGUCAUGAAAAUUUGUCGGCACCGUUUCCGUAUCCCCGAGGCUUCUUCGGCUGUGUUGUGCUUAGGUUCCCGCCGGCGCUUCCCUCAGCAGUCCAUCGCUUCGUCAUCUCCGAGUGCAAACGGGUGCUGCGCCCUGGCGGACACCUAGAGUUCUCAGUUCUAGACUUGGAUCUCGUCAACAUGGGCAACCGUGCGCGGCGCGCUAUCCGCGGAUUGAAGGUGAAGAUGCAGGUAGCAGACGAGAAUGUGUCACUGCGAAAUAUCAGUGAUGAGAUCAUGGCCGCUCUGGGUCGCAAAGGCUUCGUCGGAUGCAACAGGUGCUUUGUCGGUGUACCUGUUGCAGGCAGACUGCCCAACCCAGAUGAUGGCGAAAGUUCCGAUGGCAAAAAGCGAAAGGGCAGUACCGCCAGUUCUCUGGAUAAGCCCAAGGGCACCCCGAGGCAGGCCAAGGCACCUAAACCCGAAGUCUCCUUCUCCGACCUCCUCAACAAACAUUCCUCCACGGGCUCUACCGACGAUGGCAUCGCGGAUAUGGUCGCUCGAGUAGGCCGCUGGUGGUAUUCACGCUGCUACGAGUCGCUCGUGCUCCCAGAAGCAAGUGAGCCGAAUGCUGCAGCUGCUGGAAAUCUUCUCGAGAACAGCAUAUGGAGAGACGAGGCGCUUAUCAACGAGUGCGAAAAGCGCGGAACCACUUUCAGGCUUCUUAUCGGAUAUGCGCAGAAGCCGGAGGUCGGUGUUCGCCGGACUGUGAGCGUGUGA